AUGGCCGCAUCAACCAAAUCCCUCUCGUCGCUGCUUGCGCAAGCCACCAUCGCCGACCACGACGAAGUGCUCACGGCCGCCAAUGCAGCCCUGGGCAGGUCCAAGGGUGAUUUGGAUGCGCAGCACACCAAAGCAGUAGCGCUGCUCCAUCUGGACCGCUACGCGGAUUCAUUGCAAGUGUUUGAGGGUGCACACGAGCUGCAGGAGAAGGCGCGGUUCGAGUACGCAUACGCCCUCUACAAGACUGGCAAUGCAGCCAGGGCUGCCCAGGUAGCCGCAGCGGCAGGGCCAGACGCCGGCCGGGGGAUGAAGCACAUGCUUGCCCAGGCCGCAUACCGCUCGGAGAACUUCGCGCACGCCACCAAGAUCUACCGGGACCUCGCCGACCAGAACGUGCAAACCGAAGAGUACGAUAUCCGCAUCAAUGCGGGCGCCGUCGAUGCACAGCUCGAGUGGACAGGCCAAGGCGAGCUUGCCCAGAAGAAGCAGCCCACACGUGAGGACCUCGACGUCUUCGAGACUGCCUUCAACGCAGCAUGCGGCAGCAUCUCUCGCAAUGAAUUUGGCCAGGCCCAAGUGUGUCUGAAGCGCGCCAAGGACCUGUGCAAUGCUCUCUCGGACCUCAGCGAGGAAGAGAAGAAGGCCGAGUUGCUGCCAAUUACCGUGCAGCAGGUCUAUGUGCUCACGCAAUUGGGCAAGACGGAUGAAGCAGAGGAGCUGGCCACCAAGAUCCCCUUCGCUGACAUCAAGGAGCUCUCAACCCGCUACAUCGCCCAGGUCAACACCAUCGCCGCCUCGAAGCAGCACUCGAACCCGUACCUUUCACAUCGUCUGUUCCACGCAUCGCCGCAGCCCCCCGUCACCGACCAGCACUUCUCCUACCAGUCCAACAUCCUGCGACAAGACGAAUAUGUCAUGGCCCUGCUAUCGCAAAAGGUCGCUGGCGUCGCAUCGUCCACCGAGAAAGUCAUCUCUGCAUCGCCUGCUCCGUCCCUGUCCCCUGCCAUCAAUAUGGCGGCGGUGCUCAACGCAGCAGCCCACGCCAGGAACGCAGACACCGAGAAGGCUGCGCUGAGGGAAAUAGUACCAUUGCUGGAAAAGAGACCGACCGAUGUGGGUCUAAUACUAACUAUAACACACUUAUACGUCAUCACCAACAACUACGCUGCGGCAACACAUCUCCUAGAAUCCUUUUUCAAGCGUUUGGAACAGAGUGCCUCAGCGUCCGAUCUCGACGUACGGUUCGCACCAGGGCUGAUUGCCGCACUCGUCUCCCUGUACGCACAACAAGGCCGGCCCGGCGCGUCAAAGAACGAGCUAGCAAAAGCAGCCGAAUACUGGCGGAAGCCUCACAAGUCGAAAACAGAGGCCCCAUCAAAGUCUCUCAUGGUCGCUGCCGGUACCGCCCUCCUUGAUACUCAUAAUCCAGAUAACGUUAGAUCUGCAGGAGAGAUCUUCAAGGGCUUGUACAACCAGGAUAACGAAGAUCGAGCGUCUAUCGCUGGUCUCGUAGCCGCAUACAGUAUCACAGAUCCAUCGUCAAUACCUGCGGAUCUUUUGUCUUAUCUACCAGAAGCCAACCGACUGGUAUCCGACGUGGAUGCCGUUGAACUUGAAAAUGCAGGCGUCCCACUCGGUAGCCUCACGUCGGUCAAUUUUGGAACAGAAUCCCGGAAACGUAGCCUUGCACCAGCCAAGGAGGCGCCGGUCAGAGCGAAGAGGUUGCGCAAGUCGAGAAUGCCAAAGGACUAUGUCAAGGGUAAGAAGAUGGACCCCGAAAGAUGGCUCCCUAUGCGUGAUAGGAGCUACUACCGUCCAAAGGGCAAGAAAGGAAAGAAGAGAAUGGAAGGCCUUACCCAGGGUGGAGUCGUGGCAGACGACAAGGGAACACCAGCCGCUCAGGAGAAGAAGGGUGGCGCUGAGAAGGGGAAAAACAAGAAGAAGGGCAAGGGUGGCAAGUGGUAG